AAACACAAAGCAAUUGGACCUCACAUCCCACCUUGGCUCCACGUCUAUAAUCCAAUUGAACCACACAUCUCUUCUUCUCAACUUAGAGAUCAAGCUUCUCCAAUCUCCAUCUACCUAACUUCUGCCGCACCCUCACGGAUCAAGAGCAAACAUCGAUCAAUGGCAGCAACUAUAGCCACAAUGGCCAUGCUCAACUCCAAGUGCUUGAGCAACAGCUCCACCAAAAUGGCCAGUACCGCCAAGCCAACCCCGAAGCUUCAGAACCUCCCAAAAGGCCUUGCCUUCUCUAAACCUAUUGAAAAUCCCAGUUUGUCGACUUCCCUAACAAGCACUGCCAUUGCCGGAGCCAUCUUUUCGACCCUAAGCGCUUGUGACCCGGCCUUGGCUGCCCAACAAAUCGCCGAGAUAGCCGAAGGCGGUGAUAACCGUGGCCUGGCUCUCUUGCUUCCCCUUAUUCCAGCCAUAGCUUGGGUGCUCUUCAACAUCCUCCAGCCAGCUCUGAACCAAAUCGAACGCAUGCGUAGCACCAAGGGGCUCAUCAUCGGGCUCGGGCUCGGUGGGUUGGCGGCAUCUGGAUUCAUGUCAACUCCCCAUGCAUCAGCUAGUGAGCUUGCCAUGAUUGCCGAUGCUUCUUCGAGCGACAGCAGGGGACAGCUUCUUCUCAUCGUUGUUACUCCGGCCAUUCUUUGGGUCCUCUACAAUAUUCUACAACCGGCCUUGAACCAGAUCAACAAGAUGAGGUCCGGGUGAUUUAUAUAAUAGUCUUGUGGGGGUAAAUUAACGGCACUUGUAAUCGUUCCUUAUGUUAAUGAACUUUUUUAUUUUUGUUUGCUCA